UAUUCCCUGUACUUCCGGCCCCGCCAACAAAUACUCCCGGCUCAUCCGAAACCCAUGCAUUCUCUGUUCCUACCGCUCCGUAAUGCUUUCUCAGCUCUCGUCCGGCACCAUGCGUUCCCUACCCGGCUUCUUACUGGUUUUCGGCUGUGCCACGUUUUACCUGUAUGCCCUGAGCACUAAACUCCGGCCAGGGAGCGGGCAAGAAGCCGAGAGAUCGCUGGUAUUUCCAUCAGACCUGGAGGAGCUACGGGAACUGGCAGAUUUUUUGCAGCACUAUAAGAGGGAACACCAGACAUAUGUUAUGGUCCUGUUCUGCAGUGCAUACUUGUACAAGCAAAGCUUUGCCAUCCCUGGAUCCAGCUUUCUGAACUUGCUUGGUGGAGCUCUAUUUGGCCCAUGGCUGGGCCUUUUCCUGUGCUGCACUCUAACCUCCAUAGGUGCCACAUUUUGUUAUCUCCUUUCUCAUGCAUUCGGCAAGAAGAUGGUUUUGAUGUACUUUCCUGACAAAGUCUCCACAUUGCAGAACAAGGUUGAAGAGAAUCGCAGCAGCCUUUUCUUUUUUCUCCUCUUUCUUCGCUUGUUUCCCAUGACACCCAACUGGUUCCUGAAUCUGACCUCACCUAUUCUCAACAUACCUGUUGAACAGUUCUUCUUCUCUGUCCUGAUUGGCCUUCUGCCAUAUAACUUCAUCUGUGUUCAGACAGGCUCUAUUUUGUCCCAAGUGAAAUCUUUGGAUGAUAUGUUCUCCAGUGGAACUAUCUUCAAGUUACUGGCCAUUGCACUGACUGCUCUAGUGCCAGGUGCCAUUGUCAAAAGAUUCACUCACCAGAACCUGGAACAAAAGCAGGAUCUCUUUUUGAAUGGCAAAAAGUCCCUGUGAGGCUUCUUGUUGGUUGAGUUUCCAAACCAUAAGAGAGACUGAUGAAAACUGAAAUCAUGUCUGUGGCCAGGUGAAACAAUGUUUUAAUUUGUAUUAUUUAUUUCAUGCGUCUUAAGCUGGUAAUGCCAGGUAGGUAUUUCUGGCAUGGUGAAUUGUCUAAUGAAUCACAAAUUCUCUAACUUUUGGGAGUUUUUAAACAUUAUUUUUAUAUGGUGUGUUCAGGAAAAUGCACAGUUCUGUCAGCCAAAGUUUAUAUUCCUGGUUUUACUGUAAGAGGUACUGUCUUGCUGCUGUAAAAUGUGAAAUAAUUGCUGCUGUAAAGGUCUCACAUAGAUGCCAUAGAGAAUAUAGAAGUUUAAGGCAUGUUUAUCUAAAAUAUAUUUUUGCUGGUUUUAUUUAUAAAAUACACAUAUAUCUGCAGGUAAGUUGCUAAAUAAAGAGAACCGAAAAAGUCUUAGCACUAUAGCACCUCCAUGCAAUCUUUGUCUGUGAAACUCUCUUCAGCCUUUGAAUUUUGAAUUCCCGGGUUUCUCACCUAAUUGGGCUUUUACAGCAUUGCUCAUACAUAUUGAUAAUGUUUCCCAGUUGGCUGGAUAGAUUUUACUGUGAUUCUAUGUGACUAAUGGAAUUUUCUUUCAGCAUUAAAUGUAGCGUUAUUGCUGAUUUCUUUAUUUAAUAGGUGCAGCAUUCGAUUCAAGGGACAAGGAAAGUUAAAAUCCUUUUGGGAGCUUAUAUGUUUUUGCCCCCCCAAGAAUAUAAUCACUAAGCUUUCGCCCCUAAGCACCAACUCCAUCUUCAUUGAGCUUACAGGGGUCCCCUUAAGUCUGUCUGAGA